AUGAAGACCGGUAAGCCUCUUUCAAUUGAACUUGCUCCUGGAAUUUUGAGUAGCAUAUUUGAUGGAAUUCAACGACCUUUGAAAGAUAUUGCUGAAAUUUCUGAAAAAAUAUAUAUUCCAAAAAAUAUCAAUGUAUCUCCAAUUAAUAGAUCAAUGGUAUGGGAAUUCAAUCCUACUAAUAUAAUGUCUGGAGCUAGUGUGACUGGUGGUGAUAUGUAUGGUAUUAUUUACGAAAAUAAUUUGGUUCAACAUAAAUUAAUGAUUCCUCCAAAUGGUCAUGGACGAGUAACCUAUAUUGCUCCACCUGGCAACUAUUCUGUAGAUGAAGUUAUUCUUGAGGUAGAAUUUAACAAUGAAGUCUGUAAGUACUCAAUGGUUCAACUUUGGCCAGUGAGAACUCCACGAUCAGUUCGUACAACUCUCUCGGCUCGUCAUCCGUUAUUAACUGGACAAAGAGUUCUUGAUGUUCUUUUUCCUCUAGUACAAGGCGGUACGACUGCAAUCCUAGGAGGAUUUGGCUGUGGUAAAACGAUAAUAUCUCAGUCUAUAUCCAAGUAUUCCAAUUCUGAUAUAAUUAUUUACGUUGGUUGUGGUGAGCGAGGAAAUGAAAUGUCAGAGCUUCUUCAAGAAUUUCCAAAACUUUCAGUUGAAGUUAAUGGGAUUACUGAAUCUAUUAUGAAACGAACAGUUUUGAUUGCGAAUGUUUCCAAUAUGCCAGUUGCUGCGAGAGAAGCGUCUAUUUAUACUGGAAUCACCAUAUGCGAAUAUUUUAGAGAUAUGGGUUAUAAUGUUUCUAUGAUGGCUGAUUCAACUUCGAGAUGGGCGGAAGCUCUUAGAGAGAUAAGUGGGAGGCUUGGGGAUAUACCAGCCGAUUCUGGUUAUCCUGCUUAUUUGGGUACGAAAAUAGCAAGUUUUUAUGAACGAGCGGGAAAAGUUGUAUGUCUGGGAAAUCCACAACGAGAGGGCUCAAUAAGUAUUUUUGGAGUAGUAUCACCUCCUAGUGGAGAUUUUUCAGAUCCCGUAACUAGAGCUACUCUGAGCGUUACUCAAGUAUUUUGGGCUCUUGAUAAAAAUCUUGCGCAAAGAAAGCAUUUUCCGGCUGUUAAUUGGAUUAAUAGUUACAGCAAGUAUGUUAAAAGUUUUGACAGUUUUUGUGAUACACAUUUUUACGGCGUAACUGAAUUGAGAACAAAAAUGGUCAAAAUACUUCAAGAAGAAACAGAGUUAUCGGAAAUAGUACAGCUUGUUGGUACAACUUCUUUAUCUGAAUUAGAUAAAGUAGUAUUGGAAAUAUCUAAAAUUUUAAAAGACGAUUUUCUUCAGCAAAAUAACUACUCUGCAUAUGAUCGGUAUUGUCCUUUCUAUAAGACUUUUGGAAUGUUAAAAAAUAUCAUCACACUUUACGAUCUUGCGAAAAAAACUAUACAAAUAACUAAGAAGAAUAACAAAGAAGUAAUAUGGGAAACUAUUCAAAACAUUAUGUCGGAAAUGUCAUAUCGAUUAAGCAUUAUGAAAUUCAUGGAUCCUAUAAAAGAUGGGGAGGAUAAUAUAAGUGCUACUUUUAAUAAACUUAACAAAGAUAUGCAUCGUGCAUUUGAUAUUUUUGAAGGAUGUUAA